AUGAAGGCGGCGAAGCGGGGAGCGAAGGCGCCUCGCGCUGGUGGCGGGCGAUCCGAUCCCAGCGCGCCGCAGAUGCCGCCAACCGUCAUCUCUGACACGCGGUUCGCCGCGCUCCACUCAGACCCGCGAUUUGCGACGCGCGUGGCGGUGGACGCGCGGUUCUCCGGCAUGUUCUGCUCGGCGCAGUUCGGCGAGGCGGGCGGCGUGGACAAGCGCGGACGGCGGCGCGAGGCACAACGAGGGGCCGACCUGAAGCGGUACUACCGCGUUGAUGAGGGGGGGGGCGGGGAGGAGGGGGAGGAGGGGAAUGAGGGCAGAAGGGAGAGAAACAAGGAGGAAGCAAGGUUGAAAAAGGAGGAGGAGGAAGAGGAGGAGAAGGAGAAGGAGGAGGAGGAGGAGGAGGAGGAGGAGGAGGAGGAGGAGGAGGAGGAGGAGGAGGAGGUGGAGGAGGAGGAGGAGGAGGAGGAGGGUGAGGUACAUGAGAGCGAUGAAGAAGAGGGGAGGGAGGGCUCAGAUGACUCGUCGUCCUCGUCCUCCUCGUCCUCAUCAGGCUCGGAGAGUGAAAGCGAUGAAGAGGCAUCAACCCUACAGGUGCGUGCCUUACUCCAAUCCCUCUCUGCUCGCCUUUGCCCCCCUGCUCACCCCCUACCCGUUCGCAUCUCUCAAUCUCUGCACGCCUUACGUCUCGCCGCGCACUCAUCUCUGGACCGCCUUGAUCACGCCGUUCCGCUUCCCCACCACAUGCGCUUCCCCACCACAUGCACUUCCCCACCACAUGCACUUCCCCACCACAUGCACUUCCCCACCACAUGCACUUCCCCACCACAUGCACUUCCCCACCACAUGCACUUCCCCACCACAUGCACUUCCCCACCACAUGCACUUCCCCACCACAUGCACUUCCCCACCACAUGCACUUCCCCACCACAUGCACUUCCCCACCACAUGCACUUCCCCACCACAUGCACUUCCCCACCACAUGCACUUCCCCACCACAUCCACUUCCCCACCACAUGCACUUCCCCACCACAUGCACUUCCCCACCACAUGCACUUCCCCACCACAUGCACUUCCCCACCACAUGCACUUCCCCACCACAUGCACUUCCCCACCACAUGCACUUCCCCACCACAUGCACUUCCCCACCACAUGCACUUCCCCACCACAUGCACUUCCCCACCACAUGCACUUCCCCACCACAUGCACUUCCCCACCACAUGCACUUCCCCACCACAUGCACUUCCCCACUCUUGCUCAUCUCUGCUCCACCCCCUUCCUCCCUCCCAUCGCCCCACAUCCGCUCUGCCCCCAUCGCUCACCGCCGUCUAUUCCGCCUGGCAGCAGGAGGAGGAGCGAGUGGAGACGGUGGAGGAGGCAACGAGGCGCCUUGCGCUCGUCAACAUGGACUGGGACAACGUGCGGGUGAGAUGA